AUGAAGCACAAUCAGAUUCAAUUUGACUACCAGGAGGGGCAGAUCGUCGAUCUGGACUCCUUUCUCGCCAUGCUAGCCAUCUUUAAGCCCCGAAAGAAGGUGAUGGCCAAAAUCGCCGACGUCUCCNGUGCUAGCCAUUUUCAAACCUCGGAAAAAGCCAAAAUCGCCGACGUCUCCGACAUCAUCCUCGGCGCGGAGACGGCCAACUUCUUUGAGCUGUCUCGAAAGCGAGAAGAGGAGGACCUGCCGCCGCUGGACGAGGACUGCUGCCUCUCCAUUCUCUUCAAGAGUUCCAUCAAGACGAUCGACCUCGUCGCGCCGAGCAGCACCGUCCGUCGACGGUGGUACAUGAAACUUCGACAGCUGGUGGAGACCGCCCAGGAGUACGGCAAGAUCAAGAGCGACUUUGACCUCUUCCUCCUGGAGCAGUUCGGCAAGGCGGACAAGGACGGCAGUGGCAUUAUCAGCUUCAAGGAGGCGCUGGAGCUGCUGAAGACGCUCAACAUCGCCUACGACCAGAAGGAGGUGGUGCAGAUUUUUAAUAAAGCAAACUUCCGCAAAACUUCCACCGACGCCCACUCCGGCGAGGACGGCCUGGACAUUGAGGAGUUCGUCGAGUUCUACCACCUCAUCUCCUACACUAAGUCCCUUCAGGAGGAAUUUUUCUGCAUCAGCAAGGGCGAGGAGCUGAUGACCCGAGAGGCUUUCCGUCUCUUCCUCCUUCAAACUCAGAAGGUGAACCCGGAAAAGGUGGACCCCCUGCUGAACAGUCUUCUGGAGCGUUUUGAGCCGCUGGAGGCGCACAAAGAGGCGGUGGCCAAAAACGGCCACUUUGUCAGCUGGAAGGGCUUCCGGAACAUGCUCAUCUCGGAGGAGUUUGAGGUUACUCGAGCGGAAACGAAGACGGUUCACCAGGACAUGAGUCGCCCGCUGACCGAGUACUACAUUGCCAGCUCGCAUAACACUUACAUUCCCGUCGAUCAGCUGGAAGGUCGCAGCACCACUGAAACGUAUCGCAUCUACCUGCAGGAUGGCUGCCGCUGUGUGGAGUGCCUCAACCCCGAGUGGAACCGCGAGUUCAGCUUCACCUUUGACGCCGCCCACCUGCCGCUGGUCUUCCUGCGCUUCCGCGUCUUUGACCAGAACUCCCUCUUUCGGAAUAUUCUGGUGGCGCAGCGAAUGCUGGCGAUUGACGCCAUGGAGGAGGGCUACCGCAAUGUGGCGCUGGACGACCCGGAGGACGUCCGCCUGGACCACGCCAAGCUGGUCGUCGAGGUGAAGAAGGCUUGGACGGUGGGGAGGAGUGGAAAAAACCAAAAAAGAUUCAAAAUGAGUGCCACUGAGCUGAUUACAAGUGAGGACGAGGAGGCGAAAAAAGUGGUUGAAAAUGGAAAUAACAAUAACAACCACAGCAAGGCUACUACGCCAAAAAUUAAAGUCACAAAAGCUGAUACAACCGCCACCACACCAGUUUCUAUUGAUUCGGAUUACUUGGCAAACAAGAUNAAAAUGAGUGCCACUGAGUUGAUUAACAGUGAGGACGAGGAGGCGAAGAAGGUGGCAGCUGAGGUGAAUGGAAAUAACAACAACAACCACAACAACAACAAGGCUAUUACACCCAAAAUUGAGGUGACUAAAGCUGAGUAA